ACUCCCAACGAUUGCUCAUCUUAAAACUGUCAAGUUACUCGAGCUUAACUUUAUCGUAACCCCUAUACUUUUCCAUCGUAUCAAAUGCAUUUCGUAAACAAUACUUCUGAUGUCUACACAAGAUAGUUUAGUAAUAAGUGGGCAGUUGGAGAUCUAUCUUCGUAAUACAUGGAUACCUAUUAAGGCCACUUUGAAGAACGAUGCUUUGAUCAUUGAGUUAGAACAUAGUCCUAACAUUCCUAACAACAAUCACGAUGAAGAUAUUUCGUCGGCGAAACGUCUGGUACGCAUAACAAAAGAAGAGCUCAAUGGUCUAGGCAUCAGUAUUAAAGGUGGUCGAGAAAAUAAGACACCAAUAUUAAUAAGUAAAAUAUUCAAGGGAAUGGCAGCUGAACAAACAGGUCAACUGAACGUUGGUGAUGCAAUCUUAUCAGUCAAUGGUGAGGAUCUUCGAAAUAGUACACAUGAUGAAGCUGUUCGUGCUCUGAAACGUGCUGGUCGAAUUGUGGAACUCGAAGUAAAGCAUAUGCAUGAAGUGACACCGUAUUUUCGGAGAGCAGUAGGUAUGGAAACCAUAGCCUGUUCUGCAGACCUCAGUUGGCCAACUGCUCAACUUGGUAAUCUUGUCCCACUAGGAUCUGGUGAUACUAGUGUCAAAAGCUCUACGGCAUCAGGUAAUGCAGAGCAUUCUGGGCGUUCCAGCGGUCCUGGAGUGGUACCACUGAGAUUAACUCAUUUAGUGAGAGAUUUAACACUACCAGACGUAACCGGUUGUUGUUUUGAGUUACACAGUCCAGACGGGAGAAGAUCGUGUCUACUUCGGGCACCUGAUGCGCAAGAAGCACGUAUGUGGUUUGAUGCUAUACACAGUAAAAUGAAAAUUAUUAAUAAAGGCUAUUUGGCUGAACUGAAUCGUCUUCUUCCUCCAACUCAAGAACUCAAACAAUUGGAUUGGCUAGUUGAACUGCGUUGCACUGGCUCAGAUGUAUCAAACAGAUCGAGUGAUCAUGCAGAUGAUGCGAAUGGCAAUAUUGUAAGUGAUAUUCUUUCGGCUGGAGAUCAUUCUACAAUGACUUCUCAUGCAACGUGGAAACCAGUUUUUGCAGCAUUGUCUGAUAGAGACUUACUUUUAUAUGAUACAGCACCUACAUCUAAGGAAGAAUGGGCAAACCCUGUACGAGCACAUCCUUUAAUUGCUACUCGUGUUGUUCCAAUCGACUUAAGAAAAUCGAAUUUGAAUGAUCUUGGUGCACAGAAUGAAAAUGGUCGAAGACGUCCACCGGGUGACAUGGUGACAUUUCUAACUAGAACUGGCAGUAAACAUGGUAUCGAAUCGCAUACAUUUGCCGUAUCUACUCAAGAAGACUUAAUAACUUGGUCCAAGUCAAUAAUUGAAGGUGCACAUAUGGCUGUUGCCACAGCACAAGAGGUGGUUAUCACUUGUAGAUGGCAAAAUUAUGAUUGCCAUUUAACAUUACAUUAUGAUACUGGUUUAAAGUUAAUAUGUCGUCAACUCCCAGUAGAAUCUUUGCAUCCAACAUCACAACCUUCAACAUAUGGUAAUAUGAUCAGUGAACAUGUGAUAUGGCAGUAUCCAUAUGAAAAACUAAGAUCUACAGCAGAUGAUGGUAAAACAAUUCUGUGGAUUGAUUUUGGGCCAGAUGGAGAAUAUGAAUUAGAUAUGCUGGGAUGCCCAAAACCUGUUGUGUUCAUUCUUCACAAUAUAUUAUCUGCCAAAGUAACUAGACGUGGACUAUGUGGAUAGAAAAACAAAAUCAAGAAUUAUGUGAAAUGAAUGUUACAAGAUUUCAUUCAGUCUGUUGAUAUAUUUCAUUCACUUACAGUUUCUGGUGGAUAAUCAAGAGAUGAUUUUACACGAUAGUUAUGUGCAAUAAAUGGAAGAAGAAAGAAGGAGAGAAAACGAAAGUGUAACUUUUGUGUUUGCAAAAUAACUUUAGAAUGUGAUUUACUUCGUAUUCAUUUUGAAUAACACUUUUAUAUUUAUUUACAUUUACUAACUAGUCUAUUGAAAAAAUAACCAGUCAGUCACAAAAAUUACUGCCAUUGUGCAUGGUACAUUCCAGAGACACCCUUCUCCUUUUAUACAUCAUAAUAAGAGUGUUGUAUUUUCUCAGCUGUGCUUUAUUCAUUGUACACGAUUUAAUUCGCAGUAUCUGCACGCAGGUCACUUGGGCACAUGAAAUAAGCUUUUCUCUUCUCCCUUAAUGUACACUUUCCAAGCUCUAUUUACCGAACAUAUUUUUCCUUUUCCCAUCUUUCUUUUGAGUAGAUUACCUUGUUGCUAAAUUUGGUACUGCAGUACUUUGAAAAGAUUGUUGUUGCCUUCGUGGCCCGUAUAUGGGUGAAGCGAAGGAGUCUAGAUGGCAAAGAAGUGACUCAGUGUAGUUGUAAACCUCUGGAAACAAAACAAAUUUACUUUUCACUAUGCAUACUAAGGCCCAACUAGAAGGGAACAAUAACAGACAAGACAUUGUAAUUUGUUUGUAUUCAUCUGUGAUAAUGUUUUGUUUGUUUUUAGCAUUUAUUGAGAUCUAAAGUGGAAUAUUUGCGAAAUUACAAUGACUGUAAUGCCUAUCAACCUUCCUUUGACAAAUGUGUUGUCUGUGCAUUCUUUUUUCUGUGAAUUUGUUUCCUUCGGUUUGUACACUUUUGUGUUGAUUGGUAUACAGCGAAAACAAGUUUUUAACUUACCUUAUCUUCUGAGAAUUUCCUAGUUGAUGGAUUGGUUUUACUUGACUGCCAAAAAAGAAAACGGAUGGACAUAAAACGUAUUACUGUAUAUGUGUGUGUACUUCAAAAGGUUUUAUUGUAGACUAUACGUAUCAUUAUCUGAUAGACGGUACAUUACGCAAGUAGAUGUAACGUUACAUAAAUACUUUUGUAUUGGCUGUGACAUCUUUAUUGACGUCAGCUGAUUCACCAGGUGAAUAUCACAUCAUUUUUAUUCA